AUGGUAGCCAAUCAGAUACUAACUUGUUCAGUUAAUCUUUGACAAAACAAAACUGGAAGCUGAUUGGUUUCUAUGUAGAGCUGCUCCAGAUGUUGCACUCUCCAGUUUUAGUAAAUCAACCCCAUAGUAUUGUGAAUUACGCCUCCCUGGCAGUAUUCCCGAGUGUAGCUCGGGGUAAAGUUUCAGUACCACAAGCAGUAACCCCGAGCUACACUCGGGAAUACUAUGCGGUGCUGCUCCACGAUCCUUCGAUCACUUACCUUGUCCUGCACUCCCGCGAUGUCCCUCCUGCAGUGUCCCCGGCAAUGUAAUCCGGCGGAUGCUGGCAUCUGUCUUCUGGGUUCCGUCCAUCCUCUGUGAGCGUCGGGACGUACGGAAUGGCGGGAAAUUAAAAAAUGACAAAAAGUGACAUUCACUAAAAUCAC